AUGAAGUACUUUGGGGCACUCCUCCUAGCGCUUCCGAUUGUUAUUAGCAUCACUCUCUUUUCAUCUCCUUCACAUGCCAUCUCCUCAUGCAACGGCCCUUGUCAAACCCUAGAUGAUUGCGCCGGCCAAUUGAUAUGCAUCAACGGAAGGUGCCACGACGAUCCCGACGUAGGCACACACACUUGUCCCAAUACUCCAUCACCGUCCGGUGGAGGAUGUCGGCCCUCAGGAACUAUGCACUGCCACGGCCAGUCCUACCCUAAAUAUGGUUGCUCGCCCCUGGUAACGUCUUCCACUCGAGCGACCUUGACAAACAACGAUUUCAGCAGAGGCGGUGGCAGUGGGGUGUCGGAGUGUGACGGCAGAUUCCACAAGAACUCAGAGCUGAUUGUUGCACUGUCGACCGGGUGGUAUGCCGGCGGAUCUCGAUGUGGGGAUAGGAUCAAGAUAACAUCUACGAAGACCGGGAGGAGCGUGAUGGCCAAGGUGGUUGACGAGUGCGACUCUAUGAAUGGGUGCGAUGGCGAGCAUGAUGAUGACCUGCCGUGCGGGAACGACAUCGUCGACGGUUCAAAUGCGGUGUGGCACGCUCUGGGGCUAGACAUAGAAUUGGGUGAAGAGGAUGUCACGUGGUCCAUGGCAUAG